AUGAUACGCAUGUUACCCAUUGACAUGGUCCAGAUGAGAGAGAGUGUGAGUGCGCGUGGAGCUGGGAACUACUUAGACCUGAGCAUAUUGGAGAGGCCACCUGAUCAAGCAGAGGAGCCACAGGAAACACCAGGUGAGAUGCAAGGUGAUGCCAAUGCAGGUGUGUGGUCGAACCAUGGAGGAGAAGAGUUGUCACAACAGGCGAGCGACCACAACGACGACAAUGCUGCUAGUGCUGCACCUGCUGUUGCUGCUGCCGCGCCAGUGUCAGUUGAGUCAGAGCGUGUGGUGGAGCAUGAUGAUGGUGACAGCUCGCCUUCAAAAAGGGCGAGAGUGCAGGAGCAGCUUGAUCACACGCCACUUGUUCGUGCCAUGCGGUUUGAUCCUCAGUUGCUUGAUUCUGGUGCACCGCGUGGCAGUGCACAAGGUCCGUUGUAUGCGGCAGGAGCUCACGAGGUUCCUGUUCCUGAUGAAGCAGAGGAUGACCUUGAAGUGCAUGCGAUUAUUGGUUGCUUGAUCAUCGUUGGCGCAAGUUGGUGCGGAUGCAUGUCGUUGAGCGUGAUGUCGAUUACUGCGUGCAUGAGUUCUGCAUGGCGUGCUGGCGUCAGAGGUGACUCCAAUUCUGGGCUGUGGACCGGGAAAACUGAGUUCAGCUUGAAAGAGGGCUGGAAGUGGAAAUCCGACGAACAGGAGUGCCACGAGGUUACCAGCAAGAAGGGCAGGAAGGAGCUCAAUGAAAAUGAAAUCAAGGAGGAUCGGAAGCAAGGCUUGAUGGCGGCAAAGAUGAAGGAGUGGAAAAAGUUGCUGUCAAGUGGGGCGAUAGUUGUGCACACGGGCAAAGAUGCUGAAAGGAUCCGGCGUGAAACACCACGUGAUCGGUUUCUGAAGUCAAGGUUUGUUUUGACGGAGGCUGAACCAGGAGCCUCACCAGAAACGUCAGACAUCAAGGCCAGAUGGUGUAUUCGAGGUUACCUUGAUCCCGAUCUGUUGACUCUUGACACUUGUGCUCCUACCCUGUCGGCAGAAGGGCUGGCAUUGGCUUUGCAGUUGAGUGCCUCCAUGAGGUGGCGCAUUCAGAUUGCUGAUGUUGAGGGAGCCUUUCUCAGGGGUGACAAGCUGGAGCCAGGCAGAGGCAGAAUCUUCAUUGAGUUGUCGAGAGAGAGAAGAAGAGACAAGUGUGAGAGCGUUACUGAAGAUGAGCGACAACAGAUGAGAGGAGUCCUUGGAGGGAUGAACUGGCUUGUGAGUGGCAGUCGUCCUGACCUUGCUGCGUGGAGUUCUUUGAUGCAACAACGUGUGAACUGUGCAAACGUUGCCGAUUUGAUUGAAGUCAACAAGUUAGUGAGUAUGGCACACGAUGGCAAGGAGGCUCACAUAUGGAUCAAGUCCAUACCAGCGGACAAGGUGCAGUUCGUCAUGCUGUCUGAUGCUGCAUGGGCAAACGGCAAGGACUGCUGUUCCCAGGCGGGCUAUAUGAUAGCUGCAUGCGACGAGCGGCUUCCAGCUGGUGAACGGGGCGAGUUCUCCAUUUUGAGAUGGCGAAGUUACAAGCAGGACAGACAGACGCAUUCUACGCUGGGACUAGCAGAGUGUCGCUGGGUUCGUGCAAUGUGGUGCGAAGCUACUUGUGAGAACUACGAGCUUCGACAAGAUCACCAGUGGAGCUGCAACAUUCCGGUGACGGCUGUAAUUUACUGCAAACCAGUCUUCGAUCAUGCCAACAGUCCGACGGUGGCCAUCAAGGACAAGAGGAUGGCUAUUGAGAUGUUGUUAUUGAAAGAAGACAUAGGCAUGUACAAUGUCAGCUUGCGUUGGAUGGCUACAAAGCAGAUGAUUGUGGAUGUUCUCACGAAGAAGGGUGCGCAGUUAAGUCUCUUUAAGAAGGUGGUUCGGGAUGGUUGGUUUAUACUCGUAGAGGACGAAGCGGUGUUGGGAGUUACUUCUAAGAAGUCUCCCGCGUCUGGACAUGUUAAUCCCGGGAUGUGA